AUGAAAAAAAUUCUCAAUUCGGAGCCUAUAUAUGGAGGUCCGAUUACGAAUGAGAGCCAGCAAGCUUGGGAUGCCUUAAUGCCGCUUGGCCGUGGAUUUGUUGUCAUUAAAAAUGAGACGGCGCUUCCUCAGGUGCCCAAUUUUAAUGCGACCAUGAGUGAGUAUGGGGGAGUAAUAUCUGUCUUCCACCAGCUGCAUUGUGUGUGGGCAACUCGAGAUGGUUUCUUUCGGCUACUUCGCGAUGGCAAAGCGAGCGAGUCAGACCUCGAACACCUGGGUCACUGCUGGGACUUCCUCAGGCAAGCUAUCCAGUGUCGCGCUGACACCACUAUCGAGUGGCAAGUAUCUGAUGAGCUCUCGGGGAGUCUGGGAUGGGGCUAUGAGCAUCAAUGCUAUGAUUAUGAUGCCCUCUACACCUGGGCCGAAGAGCAUAGGUGGGGUGAUGAGAAUGAAAAGAAUAUUCUGUAG